AAUUAAAAAGAUCCUUUCUCUCUCUCUCUCUCUCGAAUUUGAUCGCCGGAAAAAUUCCGCUGUACAAAAAAAGCCGAUCACUUAUCUCUUCAAUCAAAUCCAAACGCUCUGGAUUCUCCGAGUCUCAAAAUCCAUACUUGAUCCAAUCGAGACUUCCACUGAAUCUCUCCACCUAGGGUUUACACAUUAGUCUUUUGCGAUGUUCAAGAAGAUCAUGAAAAGUGGGAGCCGAAAGGCCUCUCGAAACGACACCAACGAUUUCGGAUUCGAUCCAAACCCCAACAUGAUCGUUAACCACGCAUCUCGCCCUUCUCCUCUCCCUUCUUCUCACUCAACAACCAAACAACCACCACCUCCUAUGCAUUCAAUCGAGCCUCUCCCCUUAUUCAAAGACGUCCCCGCGCCCGAGCGCGAAUCCCUCUUCCUCCGAAAACUCCAAAUCUGCUCUUUCCACUUCGAUUUCACCGACACCUUAACCAACGCUAGAGAGAAAGAGAUAAAGCGCCAAACUUUACUCGAGCUAGUCGAUUUCAUCCAAUCCGGAACCGCCAAAAUCAACGAGCUCUGUCAAGAGGAGAUGGUGAAAAUGAUCUCUCUGAAUAUCUUCCGGUGUCUCCCUCCCACCACGGGUCAAGACCCCGCGGAUCCGGAGGAAGACGAGCCUUACUUGGAACCCAAUUGGCCUCAUUUGCAACUUGUCUACGAGCUUUUGAUUAGAUACGUUGUUCCUUCCGACACAGACACCAAAGUUGCGAAACGGUUUAUUGAUCAUGCGUUUGUGUUUAAGCUGCUUGAGUUGUUUGAGACUGAGGAUCCGAGGGAGAGAGAGUAUUUGAAGACGAUUCUUCAUAGGAUUUACGGGAAGUUUAUGGUUCAUAGGCCGUUUAUUAGGAAAGGGAUUAACAAUAUAUUCUAUAGGUUUGUUUAUGAGACGGAGAGGCAUAGUGGGAUUGGGGAGCUUUUGGAGAUUUUGGGGAGUAUUAUUAAUGGGUUUGCUUUGCCGAUGAAGGAGGAGCAUAAGCUGUUUUUGAUUAGGGCGUUGAUACCGUUGCAUAAGCCUAAACCUAUUGCUUUGUAUCAUCAGCAGUUGGCUUAUUGUGUUGUUCAGUUUGUGGAGAAAGAUUAUAGGCUUGCGGAUACGGUGAUUAGAGGGUUGUUGAAGUUUUGGCCGGUUACUAACUGUAUGAAGGAGGUUUUGUUUCUUGGGGAGCUUGAAGAGGUUCUUGAGGCUACGCAACCUGUUGAGUUCCAGAGAUGUAUGGUUCCUCUGUUCCAGCAGGUUGCUCGGUGCCUUAAUAGCUCUCAUUUUCAGGUUGCAGAACGAUCUCUGUUCUUGUGGAACAACGAGCACAUUGUGGUUCUAAUCGCUCAGAACAGAAGUGUAAUACUUCCCAUCAUAUUCGCUUCCCUGGAGAAAAACACAGAGUCUCAUUGGAACCAAGCGGUUCACGGUCUAAGCUCAAAUAUAAAGAGAAUGUUCAUGGAGAUGGACCCUGAGCUCUUUGAAGAAUGUGAGCAAGAGUAUGAAGAGAAACAAGCUAAAUCGAAAGAAGUGGAAGAGCAGCGCCAAAGUAGGUGGAGGAGAUUAGAUGAAGCAGUGGAAGAGCGUGAAAGAGUAGGAGAAGAAGAUCAUAUGAUCACUUCUUAGGAAAAAAAAAACACCAAAUCAACUAAUAAUAUAUUCUUUUUUUCACUUUCUCUUCAUCUAUCUAAAGCAUAUUACAGUUAUUAAUAUAUUUUAUUUCUUGUUGUAACUUUGGCUGUCUAUAACGGUCAGUGCAUUUUUGUAGUGCUAAUUCUUAUUGUCUAAUAAAAUUAUGAAAUUGUG